AUGCCUCCCAAAGCAGCCCCUCGACCAAGGGAGUUUGUUCAUCCCGAAGCUGGGCAUGCUCGAAAGAAGCCCCCAAGCGCUUUCCCCAUCGAGCCCAUCACGGCAUUCUACUGCUUCCUGAUCGCCAACAUCAUCUCUGCCCUCUUCGCCCCGAUUCAAGACUGCGAUGAAACAUUCAACUACUACGAACCGACGCAUUACCUGUCCCAUGGCUAUGGGCUGCAGACGUGGGAGUACUCCCCCACCUAUGCCAUCCGUAGCUGGCUGUACGUUGCUCUGCAUGCCAUUGUUGGGAAUGUCGGAGAGUUCUAUUUCAUCCGCUAUGUGCUUGCUUUUGGCUGCGCCUUGUGCCAGACCCUUCUCUUCCGUGUCAUCAGCCUCACUCUCAAUGCGCGCAUCGGUCUGUUCUUCAUCAUGGCAACCGUCUUCAGUCCUGGAAACUUCCACGCAAGCACCGCCUACCUGCCCUCCAGCUUUGCCAUGUACAUGGCCAUGCUGGGCGCUUCGUCCUUCAUGAACUGGAGGGGUGGUCUCAAGACAGCGCAGGGCAUUUUUUGGUUUGCUGUCGGCGCUGUGGUGGGAUGGCCUUUCGCUGCGGCGCUCUGCGCGCCAUUCCUCGUCGAGGAGGCUCUCUUCGCUGCAUUGAGUGAUAAGGACCGCCUAAUCGAAGCCAUCAUGCGUGUGACAAGAGGUGUCGUUGCGGGCCUCAUCGUCCUGUUCUUCGAUGGCUUUAUCAACACCUUCUUCUACAAGAAAAUCGAGGUCGCGGCAUGGAAUAUCGUCAAGUACAACAUCUUUUCGGAGAGCGGCGGUCCCGAGCUAUACGGUACAGAACCUUGGACCUUCUACUUCCGCAACCUGGCCCUGAACUUUAACGUUUGGUUCGUGCUUGCACUCGUCUGCCUGCCCCUGUUCUUGCUGCAAAAGAUCAUCUCCCCUUCCGGCCAGGGUUUUCAGACUGGUCUCCGUGCACUGGUUUUUAUCUCGCCCUUCUACCUGUGGCUCGGCAUUUUCACUCUCCAGCCUCACAAAGAAGAGCGUUUUAUGUACCCUGCGUACCCCUUCCUCGCCCUGAAUGCAGCCAUGUCUUUGCACAUUGUUCUCACAGCGCUCGGCAAUUCCGAUCCUAAGACACUCGUCGGCAAGAUCCCCGCCAAGCUCAAGCUGUCCUUGGUCACAAUUGUGCUGCUUCUAUCCUUUGAUAUCAGUCUGUCUCGGGUGUACGGCAUUUGGUCUGCCUACUCUGCCCCAUUGAGGCUUUACAAGCCUCUCGGAGCUGGUGUCAGUGGACAACAGGGCCUUGGUGUACAUGGCGACAAUGUCUGCUUCGGCAAGGAAUGGUAUCGCUUCCCGUCAUCCUACUUCCUGCCUCGCGAUAUGCACGCAAAGUUUGUUCGCUCAGAAUUCAGGGGUUUGCUCCCAGGUGAAUUCUCUGAGGCUCGCACUGGAUUUGGGUUCUGGAGCGGUACAUGGAUGCCCACGAACGGUAUGAACGACCGGAAUGAAGAGGACAUGGGCAAGUAUGUUGAUCAACGAUUUUGCGGUUUCAUGGUUGACACACAAUACCCCGAACGAACCGCUUCCCUGCCUCCAAACGAGCCCGACUACAUCGCUGACGAAGAGAACUGGGAGGUUGUCAACUGUAUUCCGUUCUUGGAUGCAGAGAAAACACACAUUCUGGCCAGAGCGCUCUACGUGCCCGACCUGCCGUUUGUCCCCGAGCAGUUCAAGCGAAAAUGGGGUCGCCACUGUCUGCUCAAGCACAAAAAAUGA